AUGAAGGGCAUCGUUUCACUCGUCCUCGGCCUAGUAGCCGUGUUUCAGCCCCUCGCGUCUGCGGCGAGCGUCCCCAACUACUUUGAGAGGUCCCCCACAACCCGUUCGCAGUUGGACGCGAACCAGAUCCAGGCAGAACUGGGCCAGCUUGUUUCCAAGGAAACCGUCAUCUUUGGCCCGGGCGACGACCGGUACGAAAACGCGACGUCCAGGUGGAACACCUUUGCCGUGCCCCAGGUCCAGGUUGUCAUCUCCCCUGGCUGCGAGUCCGAUGUGUCGACCAUUGUCAAGUACUGCAAUGACAACAGCAUCAACUUCCUGGCCAUUAACCACCACCAUGGCAACCCCCAGAGCCUCGGCUCCUUCAACGGCGUCCAGAUUAACAUAGCCAGCCUGAAAAGUAUCAAGAUCCAGCCCAGCGGGAAGUCUGCCUGGUUCGAAGGUGGAGCGUACGAUGGCCAAGUCACCAGAUACCUCUGGGAUCGCGGCUACGUCACCACUACCGGCGCCUGCGACUGCGUCGGCGUAGUAGGAGCCGCGCUUGGAGGCGGCCACGGCCGUCACGAGGGUCUCUAUGGUAUGAUUAGCGACAACAUCCUCCAGCUGAAUGUCGUGCUGGCCGAUGGUCAAGCCAUCCGUGUGAAUGAGACGAGCUAUAGCGACCUCUUAUGGGCUAUGAAGGGCGCUGGGCACAACUUCGGCAUUGUCACCAGCUUUGAGCUUAACGUCUUUCCCCGUGGCCCUGACGCCUGGCACUAUCAAAACUUUAUAUGGCGUGGAGACAAGCUCGAGGCAGUUUUUGACGCUCUCAACGAGCUCCAUAACAACGGCACGACUCCGGUAGACAUGGCUAUCAACUUUGGAAACUUCCUCAUGAACACCACAAUCACCGACAAGGAGCCUGUCAUCUGGUGGACAUUUGCCUACCGAGGGAGUGCUACGGAUGCGAAGAAGUAUUUGGAUCCGUUUACCGAGAUCGAGUCCGUCUACCAGGAGUCAGGCGACGUGCCGUACCCAGAAAUCUCAGUAGCCCAGGGAAACGACGAAAACGGCUUCAUCUGCCAGGAGGGCCGCACCCGCCUCACAGCCACUGCGGGCCUCCAGGUGUACAACUUGACGGCCGAACGCCAGAUAUUCGACGGGUUCACGAAGCGCGUCGCCAGCAACCCCAAGCUUGCCGCCGGCGGCGGCAUCCUCCACGAGGGCUACUCGACCAGGGCGGUGCAGGCGCAGAACGCCGCCGACUCGGCCUACCCGUUCCGCGACGACCACCACCUCAUGCUCGCGCAGAUCGUCGUCGACGACCCGUCGCUGGAGCCGGCCGGCUGGGAAUGGGCCAAGGAGGUGCGGGACUUUUGGAACGACGGCCAGCCGACGCGGCCGGUCAACGCCUACGUCAACUACGCCAACGGGUUCGAGCCCGUCGAGCAGAUGUACGGGCACGAGGCGUGGCGUUUGGAGAGGCUUCGUGGCCUCAAGGCCAAGUACGACCCGUACAACCGCUUUCGGUACUACAACCCGAUCGUCGGGGGUGAGACGGAUGGACCGAUCUAG